GAUACCAUGAUAAAUAUCGCAAUAAACUUCAUCCCGUAGAGCGCGUUGACGCCUUGAAUUACAACCCCGGAUGGUUCUACACGAUGUGUUGGUACUAAUGGCACUGUUGCUGCUGCAUGUACAUGCCCUCGACUACGACUUUGAGGGCUACCCUACGAGGAGUGGCAUUGGUGCUUGGGUCGAUGCGGACACUCCACUGGAUGCUCGAUCGAAGCAGUCGUCCCGCGGCGAGUCGUGGGAUCUCGUGAUGAGCGACGAGUUCGAAGAGGAAGGCCGGACGUUCGAAGCCGGAAAGGAUCACAUUUGGACUGCACUAGACAUCCCCGACGGAGUGAACGCCGCCAUUGGCCUGUACUCUCCUGCCAACGUGUACACCAAAAAUGGAAAACUGAUCAACCGCGUGGAGGAAGUGCACACGAACGUCACGUACUUUAACCAGUGGCUCGAAGUGCCAGCCAUCGAAACCAACACAUUGUAUUAUGCGGCGGGCAUGAUGCAGUCAUGGAACAAAUUUUGCAUGCAGGGCGGGCUCAUCGAAGUGGCGGCCAAGCUGCCUGGCGCCAUCAACAUUCUGCCAGACGACGUCCACAAGAGCACGACCAUGAAUCCGAACGCGCUCGGCGAGCUCUGGAAGGAUGGCGUCAAGACCAAACUCACCCCUCGCGACCGUGUCAAAGACGGAGCUUACUAUCCCACAUGGCCCGGCAUCUGGCUUCUCGGGAACCUAGGCCGUGCGCUCUUCUCGGCGUCCACGUCGCGCAUGUGGCCGUGGACGUACAACGAGUGCGACGCCGACUUGUCCCCCCAUCAAGCCAUCUCUGCUUGCGACCCCAAUCCUGGCUACGGCUUGCACCCGAACCAAGGCCGAGGCGCCCCCGAGAUCGACAUCCUCGAAGGCGGCGGAGCUGCCAUUUCGUCGUCUAUUCAGAUUGCCCCGGGGAUGCCAGAUAACUACCGCCGCAUGCCGAUACAAAAGCCCGACAGCAAGUACUGUGUGUACGGCAAGGCGUGCGACACCCCUGGCGCCAACUUUCCAGAUGUCCCCACGAGCGCGUACGCCUACCGAGGCCAUCGCAACUGGUACCAAGGGCUCAAGUACGCUGCCAACAACCGGUGCCCCACGGAUCCCUUGGAAGUGCAACAAUACGAACCAGUGAAAGCAGUGCAAAUGAACCCGGCGUUGCUCACGACGAACGUGUACAACAAGAUGCAAGUGAGUGCCGGACGGGAUGCCAGCGCCGACUUGGGGCUGAUCGACGGUAAAGGGCCGGCCCACUGGGGUAUCAACUACAACGGCACGUGCUUUCCCAUUGCGAAUGGGUACAUUGGCGCGUUUUUGUGCGAUCCUGACUCGAAGAACCUCAAGUGCGAAGCGCCUCGCAGAGAGGGCGUGGCCGAUACCAACCAGAUGCAUCCGUUCGAGUACCAGAUGGACGCGAUUUCAGCCAACUGGGACAUUGGCCACGACGCGUACACAGAGUUUUACGUGUACCAAAUCGAGUGGGUGCUGGGCGAGUCAGGGUAUGUGCGCUGGAUGCUCGAAGACGCGCCUUUGUUUGAAAUUCCGUCGGUGACGUUGACUAAGCCCCCCCAAGCCGGGCCUGGUGAGCCACGCAACCCCAUCAAGUUGCCGAUUGAAGAGCCCCUUUACAUUAUCUUCAACAUUGCUGUCGCAAGGGCUUGGGGCGCUACCCCGCCCAACGCCGACAUUGGGCCGUGUCGUGGCAACGCCUCCAAGCCCGUGCCAGGCACUUACGAGUUCAACAAGACGCAGAACAUUUGCGACUCGUUCCCCAUGUACAUGGAGAUUGAGUAUAUUAGAGUGUACCAAGAGAAGAGCUCCAUGUUCCUUGGAUGCGAUCCCCCCACUCAUCCCACCAAGAAAUGGAUCGAUGGCCACAUCCAAUGGUUCACAGAUGCCAAGAACCCCAUGAUCCGAGUGGACGGCGGCGCGACAUGCAACAAGGGCGACGACUGCCAGUCCAUGUCGUCGUCCAUGCCUAGUGGUCGCUGCGUGAAACGUCGCUGUAGCUGCGUCACGGGCUAUGGCGGCCCUCGAUGCACGAGAUUUCUGGGCAGCAAGACAAUCAACAUGACCAACGGCAGCUAUUUUGGCCCGCCGAUCCUGUACCCGAUCAUCCUCACAAGCGUCGUCGCGGCAGCAGUCGUGCUCACGUCAGUGUGGCGAUGUCGGCAACGCAACUUCACCACCGCAUUGGCCCUGCACACGCAGAUUAAAGAUGAGGGCGACGACUUAGCUUGCGAAGCCCCGAGACGCUACUAUGCCCCAGCCAACCUUCCAGGGGAUUCAAAGAUCGCGUCGAUGUAGAUCGUAACGUUCAUUGUCAUACAUACCAAGCUACAGUAUUCGUUGGACGGGAUGCCGCGACGCUUUCACGAAAUCCUGCUCUUGGAACGCUAUUAAUCCCAGAAGUCAUGCGCUGC